GUGUGGCAAGUGGGCCCUCGCCGAAAUCACACCUGCUUCGUUUCGUGCUGCCUCGUCCGGGGUCGAAAUCCAGCCAUCCACCUUCCUGCUCGCUGCCUCGCACCCAAAUCCCAAACCCUGGCUGGCGAGCAAGCUCUCCAGAUCUCCAGCUCCCUUCGCUCCUCUCCGGCCACCGGCGGCCAUGCGGAUCCGCAGGUGCGCCUCCCGCCUGCUGGGCUCCGCCGCAGCCGCACCCCCCGCCAGUUGCGCCUCCACCGAGCCGCCGCGAUUCGAGCUGCCCCCGCCCGCGCCGCCGGCCCCAGCCCACGAAUCCCGGCCCGGCUUCGUGGCGCCCGAGGCCUCCUCCUCCGGCGAGCCCUGCUGCGAGCUCAGCCGGUCGCCGUGGGACCUCAUGAACCAGCUCGACCUCUCGGACCCCCAGGCGGAGCAGCUCUUCAAGGAGACUCACUUCAUCAGUGUCAGCUGGCGACCUAGCUGGCUAUUCGCCUAUUCCUACCGAGCAUGCCUCCAUUCGGCUGUAUCAUGGAGGGCCGGGAGCAGGAGGACAUGGCCGGGGUCAAACCGUCAAAGUGAAGAAACGGGUGUGAACGUGCAGUAAGAACAACAACAAGGGGUGGUUCUGCCGCCGGCUCACAAGAGAGCCCAACUCCUUCUGCUCGUACCACUCGGAUGAGAAGCCAAAGACCACAGGCAGCGAGAAUCCACAGAGGAAGAGGCACACAGUCAUCCUCGGCGACGGGUUCUACUACUAUGCCGGGUUUGGCCCCGGCACCAAGAAGCGCCGCACGUCAAACAUUGAUAGCGUGGCGGAACCUAAAGUGCCUCCUGAACCACUGAAGGAGGAGGCACCAUCUGAAAUGGAACACAAUUUUAGUGCAGGUCAGGCACAAGCGAACGGAUCAGACCAUCGAGCUGUGCUCCCACCAUCAGCACAUGUCGUCGACGAGCUUGCUCUCAACAAUGGCACUGCUGGGAUCAGCAGCGACCAUAACGUGCCGGAACCUCCACUGCCUGCUGAACCAUCGGAAGAGGAGGAACUGAAAGAGGAGGCACAGUGCGAAAUGCAACUUAAUUUUAGUGCAGGUCAGGCACAAGCUGAUGAUUCAGACCAUCAAGCAGCGCCGUUAUCUGUACGUGUGGUCGACGAGCCUACGGGCAACAACGUCAUCGCUGGGAUCACGGGCUGGGAUGAGGAGAGCAGCGGCGACGGCAUGCUUGGCUGCAAUGGCGAACAGCCCCGCGACAUCACCAAGAGGAAGAGCCCGUUGAAGAAGAGGUGGAGAAAGCCUCUGAAAGCCCGGUCGCUCAAGUCACUAAUGUCGUAGUGCUUGGCUCGAUCGGCCGUGUAGUUAGCUUAGUCUGCUACAGUUUUUGUUCCGAUUUAUGUUCUGAGACUACGAGCAACAUACAUGGUAUUAUGGACAAUUAUUUAGCCA